AUGUUGUCGCCUCGGUAUUAUAGCGGCUACGAUGAUUACUAUAGCAGCUCAUGGGCCUGGAAUCGGGAGACCGAACCCGGGGAAAACCUCAACUAUAUCCCCAGAAUCCUGCACAUGUACACCGCAGAACUUGCCAUGACUGCCUUGACCGGGGCCGCCCUGUUGGGCUUCCUUGCCUGGAGCUGCACGAUCCGCCAGCCUCCAAGCUUUCUAUCCAAGAGGCGUCCAUUGCCGAUGGGCGGGAUCAGGGCGGACCUCCUGGGCAGCAUCUAUAUCGGUGUAGCCGUUGGCCAAGACGUCGUGAAAGAAUACUAUCAAAUCACCUACAUGCUGCAGGAUUUCUUCACCCACAUCUCGCAGUGUCUUAUCUUCUACGUGUUCUACAGCCUGAUCCAUCGUUUCCUCGACGGCCUCACCGAUGUGGGCCGGCCAUAUGCGGCUGUGAAUAUCAUCCACUGGAUAUUUUUGGGGGUUCUGUUCGCAAUGGGCAUGGCGUGCUUUGCUAUCGGUGUCGUCAAUACAGUCUAUCUUGUCACAGAGGUUCCUCUACUGAACGUCGAACUUGCUGCCGAAAAGUUGUAUGCUGCCAACGCAAUUCUCCUCUUCGUGGCUUCGUUGGAGGUUGUGGUCUGGUCUGUUGUUGUGACUGUCAAAGGGGGUAGGGAUCGCUUCAGGUCAAGGAUUGCCGCCAUCUCUCUCAUCAUCGGCGCUUUCUUCUACUUUGCGCUCAAUCUGAUGUGGGCCGUUCUUUGUAUCCGAUUCGACCUGUUUUAUGAAAAGUACAUGCCCCCAGACUACCUGGGUCUGCUGGAGUCUGUCCUCGAAUUCGUUUUCUACGUGGGUACCUACGUUGGCAUUUUUCUGUGCUGUGUGAAAUGGGCAUCCCUCGUCCCUCAGGACAGUGCUUGGCAGGCACAGCAGGGUUCGUAUCCCUAUCAGCAGCAGCCUUACCAGCAGCCAUUCUAUCCUUCUACGGGACAUUAUCCGCAUCAGCAUGGGCCUAAGUGA